UCUACGCUUGGUUGUGCUUGUGAUACAGCCGCCAUGCGCUCUUUUACGCAGCUAUCCAGUAGACCGGGUGAACACGGGUAAGCUAGGCACCCUGUGCCUUUCAUCAGCAGGACGGUGUUUUUAAUUCUGUGCGUAUGUGGUGUGCCUGUGCAAGAUAUCUGGACACUCAAUCGGGUUUUGUGUAUCCUACUGCGGUAGUGUGCAAGAUCGUGUUACGUACCAGGCACACGACUUGGGUGGCGUGGCCAUUUGUUGGACCGCCGUUUGCUGUACGAAUCAAGCGGUGAUGAACAAUAUUUGCCACGUGCUCAUCAGACAACACUACGACGGCCUAACGCACCCAAUGACUAGUUGCGUCAUGUUUAAUUGGUAUUCUUUCGCUUAAAGAAAGCCAGUAUAGACACAUGAUACCCUUCGAAGAUCUACACUGACAUCUCUACAGUAUAUGUAAGAUAUUUGUGGCACGUCACCUAUUUGGUGCUGUUGUGUAGCUCGGACGUUGUAUCAUCAAACUAAUGCUAGUGAGGAAAGAUUUCCCACAAUCAGUCUGUCACUAGUCUGUCAAUUAUAAAUUAGGUACUGAGAUUUUAAUUGGCAAUGCAAGUUGAGGGAACAGAAGAGUGUCAGCGGAUACCUUUACCUACGAGGCAUCCAGACCUGACACCCCCUAGUUUGGCAGAUGUACUUGUCGUCCCAUCUCAGAAUUUUCACAAGAAGUUUUACGCUGGUAUUACGAUGGACGGCGUGCAGCAGCAUGGCUUCCACAGUGCAAUGGGAGAGGAAGCAAGACUGACGAUCCCUGCAGCUCAAAUAACGAAACAACGAAUUAAAUACAAACAGCAUAUGGUGCAAGCCCAGAUGAAUCCUGUGUACACACAACACGCCCAAAAUGGUGAGGAGGGGGGCGCCACCGUGCUCGCCACUGCCUACCAUGGUGCGCAGCCCGGCCAGCCCCCGCUGCACUUGCGCAAGGCUACCGACCCACUAGUCGAUGCUACCAUCAUAGAUCACAAUGCCACCUCCAGUGUAGAAACACAGACGGUACACAGAGUUUCUACUGGUAAUUUGCAUGCUUUCCAUGCUGGAAACAUCGUCAUGCAAACAGACCUGGAAGCAGAAAAUGCAGGAAAGAAUAUAGCUGUGGUGACAUCAGCGUCAACCAGUGGGCCACAGCCAAAAACUGAAAUGCCAAAGCGACUCCACGUCUCCAAUAUACCAUUCAGGUUCAGAGACAAUGAUCUCAGAGCCAUGUUUGGUCAACAUGGGAACAUACUUGAUGUUGAAAUCAUUUUCAAUGAGCGGGGAUCUAAGGGAUUCGGUUUUGUAACUUUCGCAACUAGUGCGGAUGCUGACCGAGCACGCGAGGCAUUGAACGGCACGAUGGUUGAGGGACGCAAGAUAGAGGUGAACAAUGCCACAGCCCGGAGUCAGACCAAAAAGAAUCCACAAGCAAUAGCAAAUGCUGCAGUCUUAAAGGGGGCGGCAUUAACACGGAAUCGGGUGGCUGCGGCAGCAGCAGCAGCAGCGGCAGCAAGAGGUGCUUACACUGCAGCCGCACUUAGGGGGCCAACGCCAUUAACGGCUGCGGGUGCUGGUGCCCUACAGGGAUAUGUACCGACAAUAUAUCAUCAGGAUCCAUACCUGGCAUUUGCAGCUGACAGAUACCAGGUAAGCACCAUGUCAGCAUGUAAUAAACAUGUUGCUGCAGCUGCGUCAAAGCUACCACUUUUUUCAUUUCCUGCUGGGGAGCCUAGUGCUUUUAACAUGGGCAAAGGCCUUAUCAAUUUACCUGGGGCUGGUUAUGCUAGCUACGCACAUGCAGCAGCGGCGGCAGCAGCAGCAGCAGCAAGGUCUCCGUACGCAGUGGCUACUCAGCCAGCAGUCACAGGAGCCUAUACACUAGGGUAUAGCACUGAUCCCUAUCUAGCUGGAGGAACUAUAGGUCCGGUAGCCGGAUAUACAGCUGCAAUGUACCGGGGAGCCUACAACCGGUUUGCACCAUACUAGAACAUGUAAGGAGAUCCAGAAAAGGCUCUAUCAUGAAGUGCGCACAAGAAAACAAGGUGGAGCCAACUCGUUAUCUCAACGAUAUCAGCCAAAAAAGGAUUCAGUUGGGAACAUCAUCAAUCAUUCUGUAGCUGAUAUAGUCAGAAAUAUUUGUCGAUGUUUGUCUUAUCUCAUCUGAUUUGCUUAGUUGCGAAACAGGUGUUUUGGGUUGCAUGGAUGGAAAAAAGUUGUUAGCCUCUAACAACCUCCUUUACAUUUUGUCACAUUUGUGAACAGGAUUCGGGUUUGAGUGUUGGUUUAUUUUAACUUGAAGGAAGUCCAGUGGACAGAUGGAUCCCUUCUCUCGCUAGCUUGCCUCGUACUGUUAAUUACAUGUGACACAGGCUAGUAAACUAAUGUUCAGAAAUCUGUUCACAUUGCAAGCACCACAAUGAGCACUUAUACAUUUUGGGUGUUUUAAAUAUUAUAGUGGAUAUUCUUGAAUCUCCAUACGCAGAAUCUCCCAAAGUCUUCAUCAGUAUUAUUUAAGUUGACUCAUCGAAUGUACAGGACAUCUCACUAAGUGACGUGUCGGGCAGGUUUUCAGUGUACAGAGAAUUUCUGAAAAUUGCACUUUAAACGGGAAAUGUUCUGUUGCACUGAUGCAAUCGAGCAUGUGGACGAUUUGUACAGUUGUGUUUUUUGUGGUUGCACCACAGACGAGGAGGGGCAGUCAAUCGUGGUGCCACUUGCACCUGCAGGCAGAAGCCUUGCCAUGCCAGCCAGUCAUAACUUCAAAACGUAUAGGUGUAGUUGUAAUUGGUGUAUACAGUGUGUACAAACUUCUUGCCAGGCCUUGUAUUGAAGAUGACUUGUACCUCUACGAUUUUAUACGCAAAACAGUGCAGCAGAAUAGACUGUUAACGUGACUGUAUCUGCAUUGCAAAUACAUGCAUAAUAUCACUAUAUUAUGAUUAUAGGAACUGGCUGCAUGUGUAAAAAAGGCCAGCUGUGUAUAUACAGGCACCAGCCAACUGGUGCUUGUUCCAGUUUUGGCAUAAUACCAGCAAUCUGUAGAUGGUGUAAGUUGGUAGGUAGAUAUCUAGAGUAUUGUGUUAGACUGUUAUAUCAUAUAUCUGUAGUCAACAGACACCCCCUCAUGCACACACACACACACACACACACACACACACACACACGCACGAAUGCACACGCACAGAUGUGCGCAUGUGUGCACACAUUCAAUACAUCUGAAUCUGUUUAUAGGGAUGAAUGGAUGGUUAAUGGAUGUUUGGCUGCGACAGACAACAGGGCUGCACAGAAAGAAUACUCUCUCCCACUGUCCCAGUGAUACAAUAACUAUCACAAUAUAUUGGCAUCUUUAGUUACUGCUCUCAUGCGAAAUAUGGUCAUUGCCCCGAGUCCAACAGUUUCUCAUGUCGAGAGCAAACAUACUAGACAAGAAGGCCCCAGUGAGACCGUAGCGCAUAGAGGUAAAACCGUGUGGGGGUAGUAACAGAUCAAUUAUCAUGAUGAUUGAUUCUGAUAUUGAUUAUUGAUUAAUUCUGUUUCUUGUUCAUAGUUUUUGGCAAAGCUUCGUGACAUGAGAAAUUGAUAUUAUUUGUAAUUAUACAAAUAACAUUUUUGACAAUUGGCUCAGCUAAUGCUGAUAUGCUUUGUAAAAUACUCAUUCACGACUGUUACGUCUGUUAUAAGAAAAACUCAGAGAAAUUAACAAAUUUGAAAGCUGUGCAUAAAACCUAGUAUAAUUAGUGCACCAUUAGUUCUUUAUUCCUUGUGCAUGCACUGCAGCGAGCAAGGUGUAGCUAUCAGUCACUGAAUCUCUUGACAAAGUAAAAUUAUAGUCAUUCUCUGUUCGUUAAACAAUAUUUUGUUAAAAUGUCCACAAAGUGUGGGGCAGUAUUUAGCUGAAAUCUUGCCAAGUUCAGAAGUGCAGAUGAAUCAAAGUGAUUCUUGUAUAUGUACAGAGAUUUUUACACAAUAUUAGUUUACAAACGGGACUAUUAAGUCGAUCUCGCAGAUUCAUCGAAACCUUCUGUACUACCAAGGUUUGUGAAGUAAUGAUCUUACUGCGUGUGAGCGUGUUUUAAAUAUUCAACUUUUCUCCAUCAGCCUGGAUUGCAAUAAGCACAAUACAUACUAGCGUCGCCUUAGCACUCCUAUGGCUGGAGAUUAUUGAUGAGUGACAGCAGUCCCUGAACUUAGCUUUGACAGAAGAUUACCAGGUAUUGUAAGAGAACGUCGAAGAAAAACUUGUAUUUAUUGCUGCAUAUUGUCUUGUUACAUUUCUUUUUCAUCCUAGUCAGUGCAUUAUAGUAUAAAAGUCAAAUAAAAUUUGUGAAUCUCA